GGAACAGCGCAGAUAUCGGGGGUGGGGGGUCGGAGGGGGUGCAAAGGAGGCGGAUCUAUCGCGACCCCCACAGAUGAGCUUCGGUUUACAAUGCCGACCAUUUCUUAAAGAGCAUUUUGGAGCCCCUGGCUUACAGAGCGAACGUGCGUAAAAGCCCACGAAGGAAACAAGAAAGGAGAAAGACAUUCUGACCAUUAUAUGUAUUCCCACUCAUCACAGGAAUUAACGUGAAAGCUUCGUUACAAGGACCUUUGAUAAUCAAGUAAUUUGGUUACUAAAAAGCAUCAUCUUCAUAGUACACAUACAAGCAAAAACAAAUCUGUUGCAACUUGGAUGUGAUGGAACCUACUCAGUCAGAGAUGAACAUCUUAUCCAACGGGAAAAGUCACAACCUCAGAGGAGAUGUGGGUGUGCCAAUGAAGAUGUUACCAGAUGAGGAUCACAAUGGCACACAAACAGUGAGAUUUGAUGAUCCUGAUGGAGGACUGGAGAAUGAGGAAUUUUUGCCCAGUGAAGAUGGAAAGAAACCUAUACGCUUCACAGAUUUUGAAGGAAAGACAUCUUUUGGCAUGUCUGUCUUCAACUUGGGUAAUGCUAUUAUGGGCAGUGGAAUCCUCGGAUUGGCGUAUGCCAUGGCCAACACUGGCAUACUCCUCUUCUUGUUUCUUCUGACUGCAGUAGCAGCCUUGUCAUCUUACUCUGUUCAUCUGCUGCUCAAAUCUUCUGGCAUUGUGGGAAUUCGAGCUUAUGAACAGCUGGGGUACAGGGCCUUUGGCACUCCUGGAAAAAUGGCUGCUGGUAUAGCAAUAACGCUGCAGAAUAUUGGAGCUUUUCCCCGCUACCCGUACCUUGAAAAGAAUUGCGCUGGUAUCCAAGCUUUCCUGAAAGGAGAUUACAACUCUGAUCUGUGGUACUUGAAUGGAAACUAUCUAGUCAUCAUGGUCUCUGUCUGUGUCAUCCUGCCCCUGGCUUUAAUGAAACAGCUCGGUUACCUCGGUUACACCAGUGGCUUUUCUCUCAGCUGUAUGGUGUUUUUUCUCUCUGCGGUUAUCUAUAAAAAGUUUCAGAUUCCUUGCCCAUUCGAGGAGUAUUCAACCAACAGUACUGCUGCCCACCUCAGCCUGAACAUCUCAAGCCACGGCAAUGAGCACACCAAUAAUCUGCUUCACAAGGACGAUGACUCCCAAUGCUUCCCAGGAUUGUUCACCGUCAACUCACAGACAGCAUACACCAUUCCCAUCUUGGCUUUCGCCUUUGUUUGCCACCCCGAGGUCCUCCCCAUCUACACUGAGCUCCGCAAUCCAACGCAGAAGAAGAUGCAGAAGGUGUCCAACGUCUCCAUCUUUGUCAUGUACAGCAUGUACUUUCUGGCAGCUCUCUUUGGCUACUUGACCUUUUAUGACAAAGUGGAACCUGAACUGCUGCACACUUACAACCGCAUUGAUCCUUACGACACUUUGAUCCUGUGUGUGCGAGUGGCCGUCCUCACGGCUGUGACGCUGACCGUCCCUAUCGUGUUGUUCCCCGUACGCAGAGCAAUCCAGCAGAUGGCAUUCCCCACCAAGUCUUUCAAUUGGUUGCGUCACAUUGCCAUUGCAGUCGUUCUGCUCACCAUCAUCAACAUGCUGGUGAUAUUUGCUCCCAACAUCUUGGGAAUCUUUGGCGUCAUUGGUGCCACGUCAGCUCCAUGCCUCAUUUUCAUCUUCCCUGCUGUCUUUUAUAUCCGCAUUGUUCCAAAAGAUGACGAACCGAUGACCUCUACUCCUAAGAUACUGGCUGUUUGUUUUACUGCUUUGGGUGUCUCCUUCAUGGUAAUGAGUCUGAGCUUUAUAAUCAUCGACUGGACAACGGGGGGCGGCCAUGCUGCAGGAGGCCACUAAAUGCUGCUUUGGUGUGUUUGAGCUCUGGAAAGUGGGAAAAAUAAUUAGUUUAUGUAAAGGGAGCACUAUCACCUCAUUGGGAACACACUGCAACACUAUUGGUU